AUGGUAACGUUAAGCCCAGUUUACUGCGUUGCCAUCCUCCUCCAGCUGAACGAAGUCGUUGGUUUCUUCAACUGCAACUCAGACAACUGCAGAGACUGCGCUUCUAAUACCGACGCUUUUGGCUUAACGUGCAGAUGGUGUAGAAGGGACAGUGAAUGUCAUACUCCAGGCGCAUUUUUAACAAACCCUUGUAAGAGAGCGGAAAAUAUUGUUGAUCCGUCUCGCUGUGGAGAAAAGUUCUCCCAUUAUGACACUGGAUUGUCUUUAAAAAUGUUGCUUCUUUCUGCAGCAGCGUAUGAUCCACUUCAUCCCCAGAAAUGUCUCAACAACUCGCUGCCAUCUGCCGACUUUCAAAUACAGCAUAUUGUAACAAGGAAAUGUGAUUUCUCUGAUAACCAAUGCUCUGGCUAUGUCGCUGUUUCCCAUACCGUGAAAGUUAUUGCUAUUGCUUUUCGCGGCUCCGAAUGUUUCGAUCAAGCAUUUUCUGUGUUUGUUGAGACUUUAUUUAGCCCUAAAGAAGCUUUUUUAAGCAAGGGUAAAGUACAAACCUACUGGAAAAGAGGGUUCGAGACAUUAUGGCCGAACAUGGAAUCGAAAGUGAAGGCUCUCGUCGCUGACAAUCCAUCCUACAAAAUUUGGGUUACAGGGCAUUCUCUGGGUGGUGCAAUGGCGUCCUUAGCAAGUGCAUGGCUAAGUUAUUACAAUAUUGCUUCUCGGGAGAAAAUCAUUUCGUACACUUUU